CGUCUCCACAGUUCACACCAUUCUCGUCUGCCUCUAUAGCGAGAGCUCGGAAAAACGUUUCUUCCAAAAUUCCAAUUCUACCCUCACAUCUUCUCGAAUUUUCCAAUCCGCAUGGCUCCUGCCACCUCAUCCCCGUCGGCUCAGCGGCACAUCGGCUUCAGCCGGCGCACGCAGGCGCCGCGCCACCCGCGCCGUCCGCCGGACGCACCUCCCGCGAAGAAGUACAAGUCGAUGACGGAGAUAAUGGCGAAGGCGCCGUACGCGGUGGUGGAGCGCGAUAAUUACAGCGACCUGACCUGCGAGCAAUGUGGCUCCGGCGAGCUGCCGGAAGAGCUGCUGCUGUGCGAUAAAUGCGACAAAGGCUUUCAUAUGAAAUGCGUGAGGCCAAUCGUCGUGAGGGUUCCGAUUGGAUCGUGGCUUUGUCCCAAGUGUUCUGGAGAGAGGAGAGUGCGGAGUUUCUCUCAGAAGAAGAUAAUUAAUUUCUUCGGGAUUCAGAAGUGUUCUGAUGAUGUUACAGACAAAGGUUCUUCUUCUCAGGGUAAUAAACGCCGGAAACGUUCAGGAUCUCUGGUUUUACAAAAGAAAAAGAGGAGGUUGUUACCCUUUGUUCCUACAAAAGAUUCUGCCCGGAGAUUGAAUCAGAUGCGUUCCCUUGCUUCUGCUUUAACAGCACUACGUAUGGAAUUCAGUGAUCACCUCACAUACUUGCCUGGAAUGGCUCCUAGAUCCGCUAAUCAAUCCACACUAGAAAAUGGUGGCAUGCAGGUUCUAUCCAAGGAAGAUAUGGAGACCGUAGAACACUGCAGAGCUAUGUCUAAAAGAGGCGAAUGCGCACCCUUUAUGGUUGUUUAUGAUUCACAUGAAGGCUAUACCGUGGAGGCUGAUGGCCCAAUUAAGGAUAUGACGAUUAUUGCUGAAUACACUGGCGAUGUGGAUUACAUUAAGAACCGGGAACGUGAUGAUUGUGACAGUAUGAUGACCCUUCUUCUUGCUUCAGAUCCUUGUGAAGGUCUUGUUAUCUGUGCUGAUAAACGUGGAAACAUUGCUCGAUUUAUCAGUGGUAUCAACAAUCAUACACAGGAAGGUAGGAAGAAGCAGAACUGUAAAUGUGUGAGAUACAGUGUUAAUGGUGAAUGCAGGGUCUUUUUGGUUGCUACUCGUGAUAUUUCUAAGGGGGAGAGGCUUUAUUAUGAUUAUAAUGGUUAUGAGCAUGAAUACCCGACUCAUCAUUUUGUCUGA